AUGAUACGAACAAUCAAGGCUUGUGAAUAUAUUGAUUACGAUCGAGAUCAAGCUGAAUUAAAAAAGAAAAGUAUCAUACAACGUGAGAAAAAUAUUCGAGGACAAGUUUCAUCUUGUAAAACAUCAAUUUGGAUUUCCUGUCCUAAAUGUAAAAAUCGAACAGAUUCAAAUGAUAUAAUUGUAACAUGUACGAAUUGUAACUCAAGUUUUCGAUCAAAAAAUCAAACACUUAAAGUAGAAGUAACGGUCGAAGGUAAAUAUUAA